AUGGCUUCCUUGCAGGAUGCGAGCCCACCACUUUCAAAUCAACAAAGCCCUCCCGCCCAAGAUGAGCACAGCCAACAAGAGGAGGCGGUGGCGAGGGACACGCCCGUGAAGAAACGGGGCAGAGGCCGUCCCCCGAAAUCCAAACCGUCCUUCAAAUGCGCGUCCUGCGCCGAGUCCUUCCGGAGCGUGUCGGCGCUGCGCGAGCACAAGCUCUCGGCGCACGGCAAAGAGCGUUCGUCUCCUCCUCUCCACGCGUGUCCGCAGUGUCAGAAGAUCUUCUCCAGCAAGGCCCUUCUUUCCAAACACGAGAGCACGCACUCGGCCCAGCGGCCCUUCCAGUGUCCCGACUGCCACAAGGCGUACAAGACGCCCACCGAGCUGCGCAACCACAGUCGCUCACACACGGGCGAGAAGCCCUUCGUGUGCUCCGAGUGCGGCAAGGCCUUCAUGCAGGCCAUCUGCCUGCGCAUCCACAUGACGCAGCAUAACGGCGAGCGGCCCCACUCCUGCCGCCAGUGCUCCAAGAGCUACCCCACUCUGUCCAAACUCAAGGUGCACAUGCGCUCUCACACCGGGGAGAAGCCGUACUUUUGCGGCGAGUGCGGCAAGAGUUUCGCCGACCCCUCCGUGUUCCGCAAGCACCGGCGCAACCACCAGGGCCAUCGGCCGUACUCCUGCAAGGACUGCGGCAAAACCUACACGGAGGUGAAGGACCUGAAGAACCACGAGCGCUCGCACACGGGCGAGAAGCCCUUCCUGUGCGCCGACUGCGGCAAAGCCUUCUCCCGCUCGUCCUCGUUGGUCUGCCACCAGCGCAUCCACUCCCAGAAAAAGCCGUAUCAAUGCGAGCAGUGCGGGAAAAGCUUCACGCAGCUCUCCUCCUACCAGUCUCAUCUUCGCACGCACUCUGGCGAGAAGCCCUACUUGUGCCCGCAGUGCGGCAAGAUGUUCUCCGACCCGUCCAGUUUCCGCCGGCACCAGCGAGUCCACCUGGGUUUCAAGCCCUACCCGUGCGACAAAUGCUCCAAAAGAUUCCGACAGCCGGCCGAUCUGGCCAUGCACGAACGGGUCCACUCCGGGGAGCGACCUUACAAAUGUCAGAGCUGCGACAAGGCCUUCGUGGCCUCCUGGGACCUGCGGCGGCAUUUGCUGGUGCACACGGGUCUGCGGCCCUUCUCGUGCACCGAGUGCGACAAGUCUUUCGCCGAGCGCUCCAGCCUCAACAAGCACCGCCGCGUGCACUCCGGGGAGCGCCCCUUCAAGUGCGGCGAGUGCCUCAAGUCGUACGUGGUGUCCUCCAGCCUGCGCAAACACGAGAGGACUCACUUGGCUGAGCAGGCGCAACAACAGCAGCAGCAGAGGCGAGCGCAGGACGAGACGGAGGCGGCCGGCUUCGCGACCCUGCCGCAGUUUUCCUGCGCUCACUGCGACGCCACCUUCGGCACCUGGGAGGAAGUGCAGGCGCACGAGAACCUCCACGCCGCCCAGAGGGCCCCGGGCCCGACGGCGGGCUCGCACACCUGCUCCGCCUGCCCGGCGGAGUUCGCCCUGGCGGCGGAGCUGCGGGAACAUGAGAAGCAGCAUCCCAAGGCUAGGCCUCACGCGUGCGACAGCUGCGGCAAAGCUUUUCUCAACCGGGCAGGCCUGCGCAAGCACCAGAAGAUCCACUCCAGCAAUAAACCUCACAGCUGUGACCAGUGCGGGAAAGCUUUCCUGUUCCCCGCCUACCUCCGCAAGCACUUACGGACCCACGGCAGCGCCUCGCAGUCCGACCUGAACAUCAUCCACACCGACCCGCUGCCUUCGCCUCCCCCUACCGAUCCAUCUCCCGGCCCCGCGGAGUCCAGCGGCAUCUCCUUGACCGUUCCUGUCAGUGUGUCCGCUGACACUUUUCACGCUUUGCCAGAAUACUUGAUCAAAGAAGAAGAACUUUAAAUAACAUAACUAGUGGCCUUAAAUUGAGUUACAGUUUUUGGGACUGAAUCAUUUAUGGUCAAAGAAAAAUCUUAAAUGUAAACUGAGAUGUAACUGGGAAUUGAGGGUUAUUUAAUGCAAAGGCACAAUUAUUUGGGUUUGUCGAAGCAGACAAGCAUGCAAAAAAAGACAGCUCUUCUUGGGGAUCACGCUACCUUAAUUGUUCCAUUUUUGGUAAAUGGACAGUUGGACUGACAUUGUCACCAGAAUAUAGGUUUUCUCACAAAACGUCAUGUGCAAAAAUAAAACAAAUCUAAGAAGUGACCAAAACUGACAAUAAAAUGAAUGUUUUUCAGGCA